AUGUCUAAAAAAAUAAAAGUAACAAAACUCCACGUAUUAUGCUUAAUACUUUUUAUUCUUUCUGUUAUUGCUAUUCGGUACGCCAAAGAUAUCCGGUAUGCUAUAGGCGACCAAAAACCAGAAAAACAAAAACGUCCACUGAAAGCAUUUAUACUAUCGGCGUAUUUUUAUACGACAUCGGAAAGUCUUGGCAACAAUUCUUUAGCAUUGGUAAUGAGUAUGAACAUUGGUAGGAACAAAAAUGAGCAACUGAAUGGUGUAGAUCAGACAAAACUAACUGUCAUGGCUCGCAACUUUUCUGCUGGAGUCGUACUGAGCGCAAAUUAUGAAAGAAUAACACUACAUGAUAAUUGUCAAAUGAUUACCGUCUUUGCAACACUCCAAUUACUGCCAAACCCCACUCAAAUCGCACUUAUGACAAAUGAGACACAAGCGGAUAUUCCGUAUAAAAUACCGUCAUAUGCAAAGCGUGAUGUUGUGUUUUGUAUCUCGCCGAUAUAUGUAAGCGAAUUAUGGCAAAGUUUUUUGACAGCAGCUCAUAUUUAUAAACAAACUUUGUUACCAUGCAACCUUGGGAUCGAUCUUACUUUCCUGCUAUACCAUUUGACAUUGCUGAUGCUUAUCAAGAAACGGAAUUUCAGAGUUUGGCAGCCGCCCAAACCGAUUGAAUCCGCGAAGUUUGUCGCACUAUUUGAAUUAAACGAUAUAUUAGUACCAAAAGUCGCGCCAACCUAUGUAGAAGAGUUUGAAUCUAUUAUUGGAAAGUCUGAAGGUGUAGCAUAUCUGUCAUACCAGCGACGUAAUUUCGACGCCAAUGUUUAUAACUCAACUGGUUUUUCCAUUCAAUCAAUGUUGGAUAGUUUAGCGGAUAAAAAUACGAAACAAAUUGGGAAAGUCGUGGUUGUACCUAAGAACCUGAACUAUACCUGGAUGGACCGCCCAUUGCAUACACCUGAUGGAUUUGUGUCAAUUGAUGUUACUCAAAAUGAAAUAACGUACAUCGAAAACAUUACCUGGAUAUACGAUGAGCCCGCUGUGAAUACCGACUCACGGGCCGGUGGAUUAUUUUCAAACAACUCGAAAAAUUAUAAGAAGUUGUACGGAGCUGCGUUUGUCGACAUUGAAAAUGAACUUCAAUUCAUUCUCAGCAAAGAGCCUAUUGCUGAAAUCGUACCAACUCUUCCGAACUUUUACUAUUUUUACUAUUUGGUUAACAAGUGCUUCGAAGAAAAAUACUACAAAUUUUUGAAGUCAGAAUCUUCAAAUUGGGUCAAAAAUACUUGUCCAGGACCACAAAUAUGUGGAUUUUAUCAACAUCCGAAGGUAGAUUGUGUUCAUGUGAAUGCACAACAUGUUUAUAUGAAAGAAGCCGAGCCGAUAACCUAUUACUAUGCAACUUCUCAUCAUUAUUCAGCAGAUAUUGGUUGCUAUGCUCACUAA